AUGCCGGCUGACUUCACUUAUUCUCAGAUCGCCCCGGCCUCUUCCGAAAGCACUGCCGCCGAAAAGGAAGCACACGAUGCCAAUUGCGCCAAGGAAGCUGAAGCUCCCGAGGCCUCCCCACGCGAUGUCCAUGGCUGGAAAUUGGCCAUAUCGUACAUGGACUUGCUGUCAUUCAUUCUCCUCUACGCUUUUGAUUGCACUGUGGUCGCCGAUGUCCAGACCUCCAUUAUCAAUGACUUUGGCGCGAUAGACCAGUUGUCGUGGCUCAGCAACGUCUCCGCGAUUAAUUAUAUCCUAGCACCGCCGCACCAGGUUGCAUGUUACCCGGAAAACACCGCCAAGCCGCCGCUUCUGAACCGCUGCCCUGGCUUUGGGGAUAAGCAUGGCAAGGCCCGAGCGGCAUUGGCAACUCUGCGAGGCGAAUUGGCUCUGCCAAGAGUGGUCGGUGUCCGUGGCCGUGGUUACGAAUGGGAAGAGGCCGAGCCUCGAAAGGGACUGCCGCCCCUCGGAAGGGCCCCAAUGAGUUCUCGGCCUGCCGAUGCGCUCACUCCCGACGUCCAGUCAAGGGACGGCUCCACCGCGCCCCAGUCCAUGUGCUGCUCCAAGCUACUCUCUGGUGGGCUGGGCGUCUCUGAUCCGGAGAAGGCCGAGAGGAAGCUGGGCUGGGAGACGGAGCCGACUCAUCUCUCGCACGCCGUCUUUGGCCGCCGAACCAGCGGCUUCACACUCUGCGACGCCGAGCUCUACAAGUUGAGGACCAAGUUGGCGGGCAUCUCUUGCCUGCGGGAAGCGCGGGGAUGA